AAACUAGCGUUAGAUUGGUUAAGGUAAACCUAGCUUUAGCUAAGCUAACCUAGGUAGCUAAGUAGCUAUGUUAACUAGCUUCGUAUUGCCCAAUGCAGCGCUGUAAGUAUGGAUAACAGAGUUUAUCGUAGUUUUUAUACGUUGUUUUUUGGAUAAAUGUUUGGUAUUGUGUGUCACAGAGAUAAAUAGAGGGAGUGACAGAGAGAAAGAAAGAGAUAGACUUCGACUUUACAUUUUCUUUUAUUAAAUCGAUUCUUAAACUAACAGUUUAAUACAUAUUUAAAAAAGAGAGAUACAAUGAGAGAAAGAGGCAGACAGAGAGAGAUAUAUAGAGAUUCAGAGAGAAAAAGACAGAGAAAAAAGCAGAAACGACAGCGAGAGAGAGAAAUAUUAGAUAUUCUGAGAGAAAAAGGCAGAGACAGCGAGAAAGAGAAAUAUAGUGAUUCAGAAAUAGAAAAAAGAGAGAAAAAGGCAGACAGAGAGAGAGAAAUAUAGAGAUUCAGAGACAGAAAAGGGCAGACAGAGAGAGAGAAAUAUGGAGAUUCAUUUCCCGGAUUUAUAUACAUGUAUGUAUAGGUAGAGGUUGAACAAUUUUAGGGAAACUUGGCAUUUGUUGAGUUGGGGACCUUUUCUGUUUUAUUGUUUAAUUAUUGUGAUAUUUUACAACAACAGGGUUGUUUAUCAGGCAGCACUUCAGACAUGGCAAAACUGAACAAAAUGUACAAAAAGUUCUGUAAAGUACACAUUAACAUUCUAUAUUUGUAAUAAUGUCAUAAUAAUGUUAUAGAGUACAUUUAGAUUAAAUUAUGUGUUGUUACACGGUGGGCUCUAUAUUACACCCUGCACAGAGUGCAUUGCAAUGCUCAUUGCUAUCUUACACCCACCAAUAGUCUAUUUUCACACCUUGUGACUGGACUGUUCUAAAAUAGCAAAGACGCUCAAAAAUAUAUCUGCACCAAUGAGUGAUAUUAAACAUUGACGGCUCCCCUAUAGAUUGCUAAAAUAGGGCCCAGUGUUGUAUGUUGUGUGAAAUUUAAACAGCUAUGCUGCAGACACAAUAAGCUCAUUUAAUUGAUUCUGACCCAGAAAAAAAAGACUUCACUUCCUCUCACUUCUAGGUAUCACACUGUACAUAAUACAGCCAGCAUGAUUUACAUAAUUGCUGCAGGUGUUUACAGAGGUUUAACUAAAAGUGCAGGUGAUUAUUUAAACUUGUAUGUGGUUAUUUGAAAGUGCAGGUGAAUAUCUAAUGCUGUUGAUGUUUAUUUGAAAGUGCAGGGGAUUACUCAAACCUGUAUGUGUUUAUUUGAGGAGGCAGUUAAUUUCUUAAUUCUUUAUGUGUUUAUUUAAAAGGUGCAGGUGAUGUUUUUACACUAGGUAGGUCUUUAUUCAACACUGUAAAUGUUUAUUGAACAUUGUCUCUGAGGUAUCUUGAAAUUUGUUCUUAAAAUGACAGACGUUUAAAUUCAGCACUGUCGCUGUCCACUCAGCAUGGGGGACGCUUUCUUGUGAAAAUAUUGAUUUUGUUUUUUCCGUUGAUGUCCUCAGCCCUGGUCCAGCUCAUACUGUCCCUUUAAACCGGAGCAGCUGCACCAUAGAGCCACGUGGACUCUUCACCCACGCUCAGCUGGGAGGAAAUGACCCUCUACACACACACACACACACACACACACACAAACACACACUUAAUCACUAGAGCCAUUUUCUCUGACCUUUACACUCAUGUCCACUUUAGUCCCAACAUACAGUGAUUUCACCUAUGCUUUAUCUUUCCUCCCCAAACCAAACUACAAAACACAUACACACCGACACACAAAAAAACACAACCAUACACAUACACAAUGUUUCUCAUUUUUCUCACCCUAUAAUAUAUACCACCUUGUUCUACCACCUUCUCCCUGUCUCUGACUCUGUCUUUCGCUCUUAUUCUCAGUCUCUUAUUCACUCUCUCUCUCUUUCUCUCUCUCUCGCUCUCUCUCUCUAUCUCUUUUUUUGGGCGUUUUUUAUUUUCUGGGAAUAUAGGUGGAACCCCUAUCUCUCUCACCUUCUCCUCCUCCCCCUUCCUUCCUCUCUCCCUUUUUCUCUCUCCCCCUCCCUCUCCCUCCUUCUCUCUCUCUCUCUCCCUCUCUCUCUCUCUCACUGCAGUAUCGAGUCCUGAACAGAACAGAAGCCACUGCAGCAUGGUGCGCUAACGUCAACCCCUGUGUGCCGCCUGCGUGUGUGUGCUGCUUGUUUUUUCGGAUACUGCAGCAUUGGACUGUAACCUGGAGGGCAUGAGGACCCAGCGGAGUCUCUGAGACACACACGCACACGCACACACACCACCGCCACUGCUGCUGCUGAUACUGCCAAGGAUGCUCAUGCCUCGCGAUGCAGGCCGUGACGAGGCUCAGAAGCUGCACAGGAAAUGGAUGAAGCACCAGGCCUUCAUGGCCGAACUCGCUCACAACAAGGAAUGGCUCGCCAAGAUCGAACAGGAGGGGGAGGAGCUGAUCCAGGAGCAGCCAGAGCUCCGGCCUGUGGUCCAGCAGAAGCUGAAGGAGAUGAGGGAGUGUUGGACCCACCUAGAGAGCACCACUAAGGCCAAAGCCCGGCAGCUUUUCGAAACACAGAACCACCGCACUCCAGAAGUACCUCAGAGUCUGUCUGAUCUGGACCAGCACCUGUCUGUGCUUCAGGACCAGCCACCUCCAGUUGGGACGACCACACACAACCCACAUACCACCCCCGCCAGUCUCCUGCCCUCACGGGCUACUUUCAGCCAGCAGCUCCAGAGGAUACAGUCAAUGGAAGCUCAGAUGCAGCUCUAUCAGGGUGUAGGAGAACUGAGGGGCGGGCCUGAGACCAGCAGGUUAAGUGAUGUGGGUGUGGUUAACCGCCUGCAGCGCGGACCAAUGGGAGUUGAGAGUGAGAAGCAGGGAGGCGUGGCUGAGACCCGGAUAGUGCGUCUGAUUGAACCACUAAAAGAAAGGAGGCGAAUACUUCUGGCCUCCAAAGAAAUGCACCAAGUCACACAGGACCUGGAGGAUGAGAUUGUAUGGAUUCAAGAGCGAUUACCUUUGGCCUCCUCUAAGGAAUAUGGGACCAACCUGCAGAGUGUUCAGCAGCUUGUUAAAACCCAUGAGGCUCUGCAGAUGGAGCAGCAGGCCCGGCAGCCGCGGCUGGAGGAGGUGCUGGAGCGGGCGGAGGCUAUCGCUGCUCUCCGCACGCCCGAGGUGGAGCUGGUGAGAGAGGGAGCGGUGCACGUGAGGCAGCUGUGGGAAGUGCUGCAGGUGGAGAUGGAGCGGCGCACCGUAAUGCUGGAUGCAGUGAGUCACGCCCAGCAGUAUUACACGGAGGCAGCGAAGGCGGAGUCUUGGCUCAGCGGCCAGAAACUUCAUGUUCUCAACGAGGAGAGCGGAAACGAUGAACCAAGUACUCUGAGGUUGCUGAAAGAGCAGCUGGCUCUGGAGCAGAAGGUGGAGAACUACUCAGAAACAGUGGGCUUCCUGUCUCAGCAGUGCCGCCGCAUGCUGGAGCUGGGACAUCCGGACAGCGAGCAGAUCACUAAGCAGCAGGCUCAUAUUGACCGGCUGUACGUGUCUCUGAAGGACCUGGUGGAGCAGAGGAAGACGAAGCUGGAGCAGCAGUACUGGCUCUAUCAGCUGAAGAGGGAGGUGGAGGCCCUGGAGAAAUGGAUUUCAGAGCGAGAGGCUGUGGCCAGCUCUACUGAGCUCGGACAGGACCUAGAGCAUGUCACGGCUCUGCAGGAGAUGUUCACUAAGUUCCGAGCAGAGACGAGCUCUGUGGGUCAGAGGCAGAUGGACUCGGUCAAUAAGAUGGUGAACGAGAUGAUUGACUGCGGCCAUGCGGACGCCGCUACCAUCGCAGAGUGGAAGGACGGCCUGAAUGAGUCGUGGGCGGACCUCCAGGAACUGAUGGAAACCAGAGCGCAGAUGCUGGCCGCGUCCCACCAGCUCCACAAGUUCUUCACCGACUGCCAAGAGGUGUUGGUACAGAUUGAGGGGAAGAUGAGGCAGUUGCCAGAGGUGCGGUCCUGUCAGGUGAGCACAGCUAACCCCGGCACACUCCAGAGACUGCUGCACUCCUUCGAACACUCUCUGCAGCUGCUGGUCUCGCAGGUGCGACAGCUGCAGGAGAAUGCCUCUCAGCUCCGUGCAAUCUAUGCUGGAGAGAAAGCCGAUGCUAUCCUGGCCCGGGAAACAGAGGUGAUGCAGACAUGGAAGGAGCUGCUUGUGGCGUGCGAGGGAAGUCGUGUGCAGGUUACUACAGUAACUGAUAAAAUCCAGUUCUUUGCUGUGGUGCGUGAGCUUAGUAUGUGGACGGAUGGAAUCAUGGGACAGAUCGGACCCUCUGAAGAUGCCCGGGAUCUGUCAGCCCUAGAGAAUAUGAUCUCCCAGCACCAGAACCUGAAGAGUAAAAUGGAGAACAAAAGCAAGAGCUUCCUGCAGUGUGUGGACAUGGGCAAGAUGCUGCUCGCUGCACACAACCCUGCAGCUGAGGAGGUGAAGGAGAAGUUGGAGUAUGUGAUGGCAAAGCAGAAAGAUCUGAAUGAUAAGUGGGAUCAUCACUGGGAAAAGCUUCAAUGCACCUCCUUUCAUCCUCAGUGGUCUUCAAUGGUCAAGAUCCCACAGGACCCCCACAGAUCAGUGCAGCAGAGGCUACAGUCUGCCCAGCCCAGUACAGCUGAGCAAGCAUGGUUAACAUCAAAGGAGCCACUCAGCAGCAGACGUGAGGCAGAGGGCGGAGCUGAUGAAGUGGAGCAGCUGAUUCGCCGACAUGAAGCAUUUAGGAAAGCAGCAGCUACAUGGAGGGAACAUUUUAACUCCUUGCGACAGGCGGAGAAACUGAAGGAAGAGCAGAGCAAGCAGCCAACCACCUCAUCUCUCCUCAACAGACAGAUGUUCCCUCUCUCCUGCCUGGUGCCCAGCUCUUCUUCCUCCUCCUCCUCAUCCUCUCUCUUCCGGAACCCUCUCCAGGACACACUGCUCGAGCCCAAGCCCAGUCCUCAAGACCUCUCGCACACCAUGGCGCACACGGCCGCUCACCCCCUCACCCAGAGGCUCGCAUCUACGCUGAAUCCGUACACACCAGUCAUGAACGGCUCCUCCUACCAUGGACUCAGCCAACAGGGUGUACCAGGGCUAGACAGCCCCAGCUACCAUGGACUACACCAACAAGCCAGCGUUUUGGGGAUGAACAGCUCCAGUUACACUGGAUUAAAUCAACAGGUUGCUUUAGGGGUGGACAGCUCAAGCUACACCGGUUUAAACCAGCAGGCUGUCAUGGGAGCCGAUUGCUCUAGUCAUCACAGCCUGAAUCAUCUCGGUGCCGUGGGGGUGACCGAACCCAAGCUGGCGUACGCCUGGCAAAACCUGAAAGCUGACUUCCUCCAGCCCAAAAUCAACCACAUCCACAAGGCUGUGCCGCCUCUGUUGGAGGCCCACCGCAGCCAUUUUGUUGGUGGAGCACCAGAUACCCCCGGGACCCCAAUGGGCAUGGAUCCCUCCUUGGAAAUGAUCCACAGCCGGCUGCAGAGGGACCCUCGUGGCAGCCGCUCCGACCCCCAAAUGGACCACCUGCGGCGGGAGAGGGAGUACCGACUGGGCCGACAGACAUCCAGCGAGCAGGAGAUCCAGGCCAGGCUGAACGAGUUGCCGCUGAUCGUGCGGCAGGAGCGUUAUCGGCGGCGGAUGGAGCGGCAGUCGUCCAGCGAGCAGGAGGGGAGCGGCAAACACAGGCUGCAGAGGCAGGACUCCAGUGACCAGGAGUCUGGAAAAGAAGGGUCAGACAAGAGGCCAUCAGGGGAGAAGCGCUCCACCAUGGCUGAUGUAGUUGAACAAGUACAGGAGAGAGAAGCAUGCAAUGCGAGGGGAGAGGUUUAUCGACCUUCCAGCAGCCUCUCAGCCCCCGUCACUCGUCUCGAUCGCCCUCGAGCUCGUGAUCGGCCCAAGCCCCGACGAAGGCCGCGUCCUAAAGAGCCCGAGGAGACGCGUCGCUCCCGAUCCGCCCCGGCGCAGAGCAUCCCGAGUACACCACAGCCUCCCACACACACUGUACGACACGAGGGCUUCCUAUACCGCAAGCAUGAGGAGGAGGGCAAGGAGAGGAGCCCCAACAGCAAAUCCUGGGUGAACCUGUUCUGCGUCCUCAACAAAGGAGAGAUUGGCUUCUAUAAGGAUGCGAGAAAUACAACAACCCCUUACAAUGACGAGCCACUCCUCAACUUAGCCAUCUGCACCUUCGAUACCACCAACGGUUACAAGAAGAAGAAGAAUGUCUUCAUCCUCAGGACCGAGACUGAAGGGGACUACAUCUUCUUGGCAAAAGAUGAGGAAGAUCUUAAACGCUGGGUAAACAGCAUCAACACCAGCCUGAGUGAGAUUGAUGAUAUUGCAAAGUGGGAUAAACCGACCACUUCCUCCACCGACCCCGACAAAUCAGAACGCAAGGAGCGCUCUGAAGGGGCGGAGCCAUCGGAGAAGAGCGAGAAAAGUGAGAAGUCAGAGAAGUCUGAGAAGUCGGGGCGCUCAGAGCGGUCAGACAAAGGAGAGGCUUCAGAGAAAAGCUCGGAAAAGAGGGACACGUCGGAGAGGGAGCGAGCCGAACGACGAGAAAAAGAGAGAGGGGAGAGGGAGAGGGAAAGGGGAGAGAGAGGAGAACGAGAUCGAGGAGAGCGUGGAGAGAGGGGACAUAGAGAACGAGGAGAACGAGAGCGAGGAGGAAGAGAAAGAGAAAGAGAGAGAGAAGAAAGAGGAGACCGGGGUUCCAGGGCUUCCAGCACUUCGGGAAAAAGCAAAUGAUUCACUGGGCUCGUCUUACUUCACACCUUUAUUUGUCCAUCCGUCCAUUCUUCCAUCCAUCUGCUGAGAGAGGAGGAGAAGGAGAAGGAGGAGAAGAAGAAAGGAAGACUUGUGGUUUUCUUUCUGUGUUGCUGAUGAUGGGUUUGAGGUGCUGGUGAGAGCUUCCUGUGACAUACUGUGUGUAUGUGUGUAUGAGUGUGUGAGCAUAUUGGAGUGUCCCAAAGAGAAAAGUUACAAAA